AAGCUCAAACUACUUCCCACUACUCCAAGUCUGCAACGUUCAGCCACGAGAGAGCGAAACUCACGAGAGCUCCGACGACCACCAAUCUCCGAUGAUCCAACGUUCUCCUCGCCGCCUCACGUCCGAGCAAGAGCUUUCCAUAAUGGUCGCUGCGCUCACCAACGUCGUCUCGGGGUGUACUAGUAGUACUACUACUGACUCCACUUCUGAGUACUGUGCGGACCGCACCCCGUUCCCGCCCUCUGAAUUGGACACAUGUCAGGUGUGCAAAAUUAACGGCUGUCUGGGCUGCAACUUCUUUUUCCCGCCAGCACAUCAAGAUCAUCGAGAAGCGGAAGACGAAGACAAGAAGCAGAAGAAACCGAAAUUGGGAGUGUCAAAGAGGCGCGUUAAGAAGAACUACAGAGGGGUAAGACAGAGGCCAUGGGGAAAAUGGGCCGCGGAGAUCCGGGACCCGAGGAGGGCGACCCGUGUGUGGCUCGGCACGUUCAACACCGCCGAGGAUGCCGCACGUGCGUACGACAAGGCUGCCAUCGAGUUCCGCGGUCCGCGUGCGAAGCUUAACUUUCCCUUUCCGGACUACGCGGCGGCUGAGACGUCCAAUUCACAGCCCUCGACGACGUCGUCGGAGCAGCAGGCGACUGAAACUGGGAGGAAAAACGAUUUCUGUGAAGGCCUUGGAGAGGACGAAAUUCAGCAGUGGAUGAUGAUGAUGAUGAUGGAUUUUGCUGGAGAUUCGUCGGAUUCGACUGCUACUGGAACCGAAUAUGCUCGAAGUUCUACUUCAUUCUAGGCGAUAGAUGUUGUGGGCCUUGUGGGCUAAGAUUUUUUGUUUGACAAGAGAAGAAGAUUAAGGGUAGAAUUUAAGGUUAUUAAAUAUGCUUAGAGAAAAAUUAGGCAGUUUGAUUUGUUUGUAGAAUUCGUUUGAUUCUUUGUUCUUUGGAGAAA